GGCGCGCGGGGCUAGGGAGGAGCACCCGGAAGAGCUGCCGAGUUAGCUAGCUCAACAGGUGGACAAGGGGCAGAAAGCGACGGACCAGGCCCAGUAUGGACAAGCUGAAGAAGGUGCUGAGCGGGCAGGACACCGAGGACCGGGGCGGCCUGUCCGAGGUUGUUGAAACACCUUCAUUGAGCUGGGGUACCAGGAUAAAAGGCUUCAUUGCGUGUUUUGCCAUAGGAAUUCUCUGCUCACUGCUGGGCACUCUCCUGCUGUGGGUGCCGAAGAAGGGACUGGUCCUCUUCAUAGUGUUUUAUACCUUUGGCAACAUCGCAUCUCUUGGCAGCACCAUCUUCCUCAUGGGACCAAUGAAACAGCUGAAGCGAAUGUUUGAGCCUACGCGUUUGAUAGCAACAGUCGUGAUGCUGCUGUGUUUGGUACUUACACUGUGUUCUGCCUUUUGGUGGCGUAACAAGGGACUUGCUCUCAUCUUCUGCAUUUUACAGUCUCUGGCCAUGACAUGGUACAGCCUUUCCUUCAUACCUUUUGCAAGGGACGCUGUGAAGAAGUGUUUUACUGCGUGUCUUGCAUAACACCUGGCCGGUUGUGCACUGCUUUGGAAGGCACAAUGGAUGGGUACUGGUUGACAGUUUUGUAAAUAUCUUCUAAGCCCCCGUCUUACAGAGAUGUGCCUUUUCGCUUGCAGCAGCGUGUAACUUGUGACUUGAACAUUUGAGGGUUACUUUUUUUUUUUUUAGAAGCAAUGAUACAUUCCUACACUUAAAUGUCUGUAGCACAGGGUGAGGGGUGUUCUGUGGAGUGGAGUGCGUCUUACUCACGCAUCUGCUUCCUCUUUGGAUGGUGUUCCGCUGGACCCGCAUAAAGAAAAACCUUGUUAGGCAGCAGGAGAGAAGCUUCGGGAGCCACUGAUUCCCAGGUGACAACAGGGAGCCCCACUGGAGACCACAGACAUUUGACAGUAAGGGACAGAGUUUUCAGCCAUGAGAGGGGCCAGCAGGGACUUUGCAGACCUGUCCCUUGGCCUGGAGGCCAUCACCACUGCCGCACACAGCGUGGGCGUGCUUCUGCUCUGGUGUCGGGAACAGCCAUUCUACCCCACUAACAGCUGCGCACAAGCCUGCUGAGAGCCUGGCUGUGGAGUGAAGUGGAAGAUGGUUACUUUUUGGUAAUAGGAGCUGUUUCUUGAUCUGCACCUGGGCUCUAUCCUGUCCUCACCCCGCGUCUGACUGUGGGGUGUAUUUUGUAACAUUCGGUGCACUCUCUUUCUCUUGGGUUGGGUCCCCCCUCCACACACACGUAUCUUUAUCUUUGACCUUCCAGAACUAGAUUGAGAGAGGACAAGGCUGCAGCAGAAAACACUGGACAAGAGCUGGUAGGAAGUGGAAAUCUUGCUGCUCUCUGUUGUUUUUUUUUCCCCUUAAUUAUUUAUAAAUGUUUGCUUUUAAACUGAUUUUAUUUUCUGUUCUACCCUGGAGCGGGGCCGGUGGAGUGCCAGAAGGAAGUCGGCACGCCUGCCCAGUGACCUUCAAGUAGUCCCAGCGUUCACGUUUCAGCCUGUGCUGGAAACCCUGGAGCAGAACACCAGACUGAUGGGUGGGGAUAUCUCAGCCUGGUGCUUUUGUAUCCCUGACUGGACUUGGUUGUCAUGAGAGCCUUGUGGCAAGGCAGGGGUUACUCUCCCACCAUGAGACAAGGAACCUGAGGCCCAGAGAGGUUACUAGAUCUAGUCAAAGGCCCAGUCAGUAGCAGAGCUGAGCCCAGAGCCGGGGUGCCCCAGUUUUAGUUUUUCUUCGUGUCCCAUUGUUUCCUGGCGUGUCUCUGAUGACAUCUCCUAUGACUUUUCCCUGGCUGGUUUCAUCAGCCAAGCCUGUUGUGCCUUUUCUGUUCUGGUCCCAGUCUCUUUAAGUUAUUUAACUACCCCCUACCCCCAUCUCCCUUUUUGAAAGCUUCCUCCUCGGACAGUAGGAUAGUCAGUGGGCCCUUUUAUUUCCUUUCAGCUUCCUACUGCCUGGCCGUUGUAAGUGCCCUAUCUUGGUCAGCCAAGUUCUUGGCAUCCUAGGAUCUCAAGAGUCCCCUGCAUAUGAAGCCUACCUGAGAUUGGCUUUCCACCCUUUACCCAGGUCCAGCUGGCCCUCUUUGGGCUGCCCAGCCAGGCUCCUGCUCCAGGCACCCUCAAACCAAGGGCAGUGGCCUGCUGGUUGUCUCCAUGCUUGUGGCUAAUUGCUGAACUUCCUUAUUCCUAGUCUUUACUUUAUUUUGCUGUGGCUGAGGCCUCAGAUUAGCUAGCCUUUUUUUCUGAACUGGGGAGGUAUCAUCAUGCCUGAUGGGGUCCAGAGGCAGGAGCCAGACUUCCAGGUCCUUUUUAACUUGAGGUCGCAAACCCGCCUUCAGGCAGGGAGGGAAGUUAUAUGCUACCCUCUGGCCUUUGUGAGGUCUUCUUACAUCCCAGGAACCUCCUGGAGGUUCUGGGGUGAGGAAGGGCCAUGAAGGAGGUCAGAAGUGCUCGUGGCUCCUUCUCUUUAGAGCUGGAGCGAGGAUAGGCCGGACUCUUGGAGCUCCAGCCAGCCUGUGGUAGUUCACCUAAAAGGCAAACCCUCUGUGCCGUUUUUAUUGCCUGGACUUGACUUUGUUGGACAUGGAGUUGAGAUACCUUUGAAGAUGAACAGUAUAGUGGUGGUGAAAAUAGGCUUUGAAGCCAAGCAGACCUAGGCUGAGUUGUGGUUCGAUCACUUACUAGUUGUGUCAUGUUGAACAAGUUACUUAACCUCUGCUUCCUCAGUUUGCUGUCUGUUAGAAAAAACAGGGCUAACAGUUGCUACUGGAUCACUGAGGGCACGAGUGAGAUAUGUCAGGUGCUAGCAUGGGACCUGGCAGAAAUAACUGAUGACCUUUGAAGGUGACAGAAUGAGUAUCUCUGACCACUCGUUUACUUAACGAAUUCUGAUCUAGUACAGGGUGUGUGUCCAGCCCUGUAGACACUGCCAUACGUUUGCUCCAUUUAACAUUGAGGAUGACUGCUAUACCUAUGGUCUUGUCUGCAUGACAAUGGAGAAGGAAGAGGCUCAGCGGUUAAGGAGCCUGUACCAGAUCUCACCAGCAGAGGGCGAUGGGGAGGGGUUCCUGGCAGGAGAUCAGCCUUGAAGACUUCCGUCCUGUGUUGAGUUUUGUGGUCUGGGGGGGUUUGCUCAGACAGCUGCAGUUGGGACACUCUAGACAGCUUUUGGAUGAUCUUGCACGUGAACUCCUAGAUUCUUCCUUGUGCUACCUUACCCUUUGGUGGUUUCUCUAUUUGUUUUGUUUGCUGGAGGAGUUCUGUUUCAAAUCUGCUGAAAGCUGUUAACCGAAGAUCAGCACUGGUUAAAAACAACCUAGUAGGUGAGCUGAGUGUGGGAGAAUUAGGGCUUUAGACCCUGUGGCCAGUGGUGAACCCUGGUUUCCUGCCACUUGCCUUUCACCUUGUCACAGUCACUGCUGGGUGAAUGGAGAGCCGUUGAGUUUUGGGAAUGAAGUGAACCAUUGAGGCGACUCUUUUGCAGAUGGGAAAGUGUGGCGCUCUUCCAAGGUUAAUGCUUCCAGUUGCAUGGAACUGCUGGCUUGAACGCCGUCUCCUGAGCUUACUGUCUCCCUGACGGCUGUGUUGGAAGGAGCACUGCUCUCCAAACCAGGAGAACUGGCUUCUGGUCCUCCUGACCACCUCUCCUCCUCUUAGAAGUCUCUUAGAGAUCACGUGUUUGCUAUCAGGCAGGUCUGUUCAGCAACUCACUGACUCCCAUGUCCCAGUCUCACUAUCUUGAAGAAUGUGCACAGGGGAGCCCUUGGUUUCCUUGUUCUGUGUGACUGUGCCCCUAGCUACUGCUGCUCAGACCAUGGCUUGAGCGUGUUGUCUCACAGACAAGCUGCCAUGUCUCUGGGAAGAGUGGAACACUAUCUCCAGUUGAGCGUUUUUACAGGGUUGCUGCCAUCUGCCCAUCAGCCUUACAUGCGAUUUUGUGGAUUAUCAGCCUGAGUGCUCCCUCCUGCCCACCAUGAUCAUGAAAUGUAAUUAAUUAAACUUACUUUUGGAUGCUUCCAUUAGAAUAGAAAAUUAAGAAAUGGGCCAUACCUUUAAAAAAAGAGCAUGGAAGUAAGAUGGGGCGGGAAUACAGGUUUGGCUCCCGCUUUGAUAGCCCUGUGAGAGGGACAGGUGCUGCAGGGUAAUCCGAGGAGACUUAGGGACUGAAUUAGGAAACUGCACUGCAGCCCUGUGACUGGAUUUUUCUGUGGGACAAUCUACAGCAGGCCCCAAUAUCUUCUCUUUCCUCAGAUAACUUCAGACUAGAGUUGAGGCUCAGGAUUGCAAAUACCUUUAAGCUCACAACGAGUGGUAAAACCUCAUUUUCUGCAAAUACUCAAAUAUCAGUGUUUAAGGUAUAUAAAGCCAUUUCAUGGGUUCCUGCGAGUGUAGCCCAGUAAGCUGUACAUCGAAAAUAUGCAAUUACACCCUUUCUAGCUGAGCUGAUAAAAUGAUAUUGGGUUUAGAAAUGUAGAAAAUGAUUUCUUAUAGACAGAGCGAUAUGAAAUGAGAGAAGAGCAAAUCCAGUGGCCAGGAGAAAAUUUGGCUGUUUAAAAUGAAAGAUCAGUUUACAGCAUUGUAAUAAACAGUUAACAAUGGUGUAUUUGUUCCCAACAAAGUAGGGUCACUACAUUUAAUAAUCAGCCAAAAAAAACAGGAUAAAUGGUCCCUGAUAAAAUGGACUACCUGGACUUAACGUCCUUAUGAGUCAUCCUUAAAGAUCAGAUUGAGCUGAGUGUUGCCUGUUUAACUUCUGCACAGCAAGAAGAGGUAAUGAGCCCUGUUCAAAGUACAAACGAACAUUGUUUUUUGUGUAAUCUCCUAAAGGAGAGCCAUGGUUUACAUUCAAUUUUGUGGUCUCUUCUGCUAUGAAAAGUGUUUAUUUUGCCUUUUCAAUAUGCUUUCUUGACUUGGCAGCCUUGAACAAGGAAAGGAAAAAAGACCAAAAAACACAAACCAACCUCCGAACUCUGAUCUUUUGCAGCUUUUGUAGAUGCGGAUUGUCACGUUUUGGGUGAAAACAUUCAAAAGCCCAUGGGGAUCUAUACAUCUUCAGAACAUUGUGCCUGUUCUAACAUGAUGAGUUCUAAAAGCACUUUGUUAAAACAUGAAUCAAUUUUUUGUAAUUGUGUAGAUACUCAUAACUGAUUUUGAAUGCUGUUGAUUGUAUAACUGAAUUUUUUAUAUCCAAAAAUAUCUCAUUGUGUGCUACUUUCCCUACCUUGAGCAUCUGUUUUAUACAAUAACUGUUGUUUCCUUUUUACCGAUUUACUUCAAAGAGAAGGAACCUUGCUGGUAAAUAAGCAGUUUUAUCCGCCAAAAUAUUGCAAUUCUCAUUUAUUUGUUAGCUUUCUUUCUCUAAUAAAUUAUAGCAUUAUGAUCUUUAAUAAACGUCAUGUCAUCUUUUGA